ACAAAAUUAUCAUAUUUUUUUGAAAUCUUUAUUAAAAUACAGAUAUCGUGAUGUUUUGAAAACAUGGAAGAGUAGAUAACACUUGAAAAGGAGGAAACUCGGACUGUAAACAAGGCAUGGACAGUGAUUGUUAUAACUUGUGCGAAAAACUUGUGCCCAAGAGCUACAUUCAGCAAGGCAGGAAUGCAAAGACUGUCCAUCAAAGCAAAAUCAAACAUCUCCUAGAACAGAGAAGAAUUCCUGAGGAGGGUUGGGAUGAUCAUACCAUUGAGUUGUUCCUCAGUGAGUUGGCCAUAAUGGACAGUAACAACUUCCCGGACAACUGUGGUGUGGGGGAGAGAGAAGCAAGAAUUUUUUCUUCUCUUGUCAGCAGACGACAUUUCAGACUUGGUCAUGGAAUAGGCAGAUCAGGAGAGAUAACUGCUGUUCAACCCAAGGCAGCUGGCUCCAGCGUGUUAAUGACUCUGACAAACAGUCUGGCCCUUCAUGCUAUCAAACUCUCAGGAAUUCAAGCUAGCAGUUGUUUUGUUGUUCCGAUGGCAACUGGAAUGAGUAUAGCACUGAGCCUUUUAGCACUAAAACAAAAGAGACCAAAUGCCAAAUACGUUUUAUGGCCCCGUAUUGACCAAAAAUCUUGUAUCAAAUCAAUUGUUACUUCAGGUUUUGAGCUGGUUGUAAUUGAAAAUGUGCGAGAGGGAGAUGAACUUAAAACAAACUUAGAGGAAAUCCAGAAGAAAGUUCAAGAGCUGGGACCUAUGAAUAUACUGUGUAUUCUGACUACAACCAGCUGUUUUGCACCUAGAAUUCCAGACAAGUUAGAGGAAGUAGGGGAGAUAUGUAAGACACAAGACAUUCCACAUGUAGUGAACAAUGCUUACGGUCUGCAGUGUUCCAAGUGUACCCACCUCAUACAACAAGCAUCCAGAUCCAGAGUAGACAUAUUUGUCCAGAGCACAGAUAAGAAUUUUAUGGUACCUGUGGGAGGGUCAAUCAUAGCAGGAUUUGAUGAUCAACUCAUACGAUAUAUCAGCAAGUCUUACCCAGGUAGGGCCUCCUCUUCCCCCUCCACAGACCUCCUGAUCACCCUCCUCAGUAUGGGGGUCCAGGGAUACAAGGACCUCCUGAAAGAGAGGAAAACAAACUACAAGACUCUACAGACCAGGCUCAGUGAAUGUGCUCAGAAGCACGGAGAGCGUUUACUUGCAACAUCUCACAAUGGGAUUUCUAUGGGUAUGAGCUUAUCAACAUUCCAGUGCAAUGAAGAGAGUGUCACAGACUUGGGCUCAAAACUCUUCACAAGACUCGUGUCGGGAACAAGGGUGAUUCCUGCAGACGGGAAAAAGAGUGAGAUUUGUGGGCAGACUUUCACAAGUUUUGGAGCCCACUGUGAUGACUAUGGGUCGCCAUAUUUGACAGCUGCGGCAGCCAUUGGCAUGACCUCUCGUGACGUGGACUUGUUUAUUACAAGACUAGAUAAAGUUCUGUCCAAAUGUGCCAAAGCUAAACAGUCUAGUCAUGUAGAGUCUUGAGCUAUGAUUUACAAAUGGAUGAAAAACAUUAGAGCAUUCCUUUUCAUUUUAACGAAUAAUCGGUGGUUUUAAUUUCAAAGAGAAGCAGGUUGUGUUAUGAUUAAAUUGCUCUUUACAACAGAA